UCCCCGUCGCCUUCCCAGCCGCUGGCUUCCCAUCGUGCUCCGCGGCCGUGUGGAGCGAGGCCUUGUUCCCGCGUUGAGCCGCCGCCGCCUCCUCAGCUUGAAGCCUCCGCACCAAGCCCGUCCCCGCCGCGCCAUGUCGGACUACAACACCGGAGGUCCCCCGCCCGGCCCGCCGCCUCCCGCUGGCGGCGGAGGAGGAGCCGCGGGUGCGGGAGGAGGCCCUCCGCCGGGCCCGCCGGGCUCGGGAGACCGGGGCGGCGGAGGCCCUGGCGGCGGCGGCCCGGGUGGAGGAGGCGCGUCCGGGGGCCCCUCACAGCCUCCCGGUGGCGGCGGCCCCGGGAUCCGCAAGGACGCCUUCGCCGACGCCGUGCAGCGGGCCCGCCAGAUUGCAGCCAAAAUUGGAGGUGAUGCUGCUACCACCGUGAAUAACAACACUCCUGAUUUUGGCUUUGGGGGCCAAAAGAGACAGCUGGAAGAUGGAGACCAGCCAGACAGCAAGAAACUGGCUUCCCAGGGAGACUCGAUUGGUUCUCAACUGGGACCCAUCCAUCCUCCCCCCAGGACCUCAAUGACAGAAGAGUAUAGGGUUCCAGAUGGCAUGGUGGGCUUGAUCAUUGGCAGAGGUGGUGAGCAGAUAAACAAAAUUCAGCAGGACUCAGGCUGCAAAGUUCAGAUCUCACCAGAUAGUGGUGGCCUCCCUGAGCGCAGUGUGUCUCUGACUGGAGCACCCGAGUCUGUCCAAAAGGCAAAGAUGAUGUUGGAUGACAUCGUGUCUCGGGGCCGUGGGGGCCCCCCAGGACAGUUUCACGACAACGCCAAUGGGGGUCAGAAUGGCACAGUGCAGGAGAUCAUGAUCCCUGCUGGCAAGGCUGGCCUGGUCAUUGGCAAAGGUGGAGAGACUAUCAAGCAGCUGCAGGAGCGGGCUGGGGUGAAGAUGAUUUUAAUUCAGGAUGGCUCCCAGAACACAAAUGUAGACAAGCCACUGCGGAUUAUCGGGGACCCAUACAAAGUACAGCAAGCCUGUGAGAUGGUGAUGGACAUCCUGCGAGAACGUGACCAAGGUGGCUUCGGGGACCGCAAUGAAUACGGAUCUCGAGUUGGUGGAGGCAUUGAUGUGCCUGUACCCAGGCAUUCAGUUGGUGUAGUCAUUGGUCGGAGUGGAGAGAUGAUCAAGAAGAUCCAGAAUGAUGCCGGUGUGCGCAUCCAGUUCAAGCAAGAUGAUGGGACCGGCCCUGAGAAGAUUGCUCACAUCAUGGGGCCUCCAGAUCGGUGUGAACACGCAGCCCGCAUCAUCAAUGACCUCCUCCAGAGUCUUCGGAGUGGGCCCCCAGGUCCUCCAGGGGCCCCUGGCAUGCCCCCUGGUGGCAGGGGCCGAGGCCGAGGCCAAGGCAACUGGGGCCCUCCUGGAGGGGAGAUGACUUUCUCCAUUCCUACCCAUAAGUGUGGGCUGGUCAUUGGCCGAGGCGGGGAGAAUGUGAAGGCCAUUAACCAGCAGACAGGCGCCUUUGUGGAAAUAUCUCGGCAGCUGCCACCCAAUGGGGACCCCAAUUUCAAGUUGUUUGUGAUCCGAGGAUCGCCCCAGCAGAUUGACCAUGCAAAGCAGCUCAUUGAGGAGAAGAUAGAGGGUCCCCUCUGCCCAGUUGGACCAGGCCCUGGGGGACCAGGCCCUGCUGGACCCAUGGGGCCUUUCAACCCUGGACCCUUCAACCAGGGGCCUCCAGGGGCGCCCCCACAUGCUGGUGGUCCCCCUCCUCACCAGUACCCGCCUCAGGGCUGGGGUAAUACCUACCCCCAGUGGCAACCACCUGCCCCUCACGACCCAAACAAAGCUGCUGCAGCGGCUACAGACCCUAAUGCUGCCUGGGCUGCCUACUACUCUCACUACUACCAGCAACCCCCAGGUCCCGUGCCAGGCCCUGCCCCAGCUCCUGCGGCCCCACCUGCACAGGGGGAGCCCCCCCAGCCUCCACCCACUGGCCAAUCAGACUACACCAAGGCUUGGGAAGAGUAUUACAAAAAAAUUGGCCAGCAGCCCCAGCAGCCUGGGGCACCCCCACAGCAGGACUACACCAAGGCCUGGGAGGAGUACUACAAGAAGCAAGCACAAGUGGCCACUGGUGGGGGUCCUGGAGCACCCCCUGGCUCCCAGCCUGAUUACAGUGCCGCCUGGGCUGAGUAUUACAGACAGCAGGCUGCUUACUACGGACAGACCCCAGGCCCUGGUGGCCCACAGCCACCUCCCACCCAGCAGGGACAGCAGCAGGCAAGUGGGAACUGCCACCCUCCUCCUCCUCCUUUCUCCUUCCAACCCCCGGCCACCGUCCAUCCUGCCUUAGUGGGUAGCGCCGGAAACCCUUUCCCCUGCGGGGUGUGCCCUUGAUGCCAGCCUCGGGCUUGUGGCCAGAGUCUCCCAGAGCCCCGCAGCCCCGCCGCUGGGAAGCGCUCGAUGGGUGCAGAGGCUUACGGAAGAGGCUCCUCCAGUAGCCACUGUCGGUGCGACGUUGUCGGGUGCUGGGGGCACCGGCCGCAAAGGUGGAACUCUGAACUGCUGGGGUGUCCCGGGUGGGGGCAGGAAGUGGGGACUGUGCUGGGUGCCACACCGGUUGCUGAACCUGCUCGCUCAAAAUCUGGCCACUUGGGAAGAAAAUGUCUAUUUUUUUUCCCCCUUCUCAGCAUCACUAUUUUGGGUUUUGUUCUUUUUUUAU